UGUUGAAAUUCACUGGUGUUUAAUAUACAUGUAUGUGCAACUCCUACCUUCUAAUACAAACAAAAUACACAUGCUUCGGUUAUCAGCAGUGGAGCUAGAUUUUGCUGGUAGAUGUAAGCUGGCUGGGAUCAAAGGUUCUUUGAAAGAAAGAAUACUGAGUAGACUACAGUCGGUGUCCUGUAGAAUCCUCAGUCAUUGUGAAUGGUGGUAGUCUCCAAUGCACUGCACCUGGUGAGACCACACUAAUACCGGACGUCUGAGCUCUCUUAAAAAAGCUGUCGAUCAAAACAUCUGUUUUGGUUUGGAAAGAUAGUCUUCAACACAACAACGACAAUGGGAUGGAAAUUAGCAGUCAGUGUUCUACUGAUUGGUGUAUUAGCUGCCUACAUGAGUGGCAUCUUCAGCUCACCACCAAGUCCCCCUGAGAUAGGGGAUGGGUGGUGGGGACGAGGUGAAAGACCAACAACCAAAGAGGAUACAUCCAUCAGAAAGUUCAAGAUCAAUGUUACUGACGAAGACAUGGACGAUUUGAAAGAUCGUUUGAGAAAGACCCGAUGGUUUGAGAGUGUUGAAGAAACCAAGUUUCAUUUUGGUAUCAAACCAGAAUACAUGAAGUCAAUACAGGAAUACUGGCUCAACGAAUACGAGUAA